AUGGCGUCCUUUGCUUCCUCGGUCUUCAGCCCGUUCCGCAACACAUACCGAUACCUCCAACACUCGGCACAUGAGCACCCCGUCAUCUUCUUCUCGCUCCUGAUCGGUUCGGUCGGUCCGAUUGCCGUCGUCACUGUCCCGCCGAUCCGCAAGGCGUACGGCUGGAAGCCCGCCGAGCCCGUCCCCACAUCCUACCCUCUCCCGCAACGAGAGAGGAAGCCGGUCACCGCUUACGGCGACGACGAGUAA